UUUAUUGUUUCAAAUGUAAACAAACACACGUUUCCAAACGAGCAAAGCAUUUUCGUUGAAAAAUGAGUUCAAAAAGAGGCGAAUCGCGUCGUACUCGACCUCAGAAGCACCAGAAUACGUUUGCCUUCAAGAACGAUCUGCACGAUAAGCACACGCCGCUGAUCAAGCUUAUCAACAACUUAAAUGUGAGUGAAGUGUGUGAACAUUGUAAGAGCGUCAUCGAUUGGAAGAUCAAGUACCGGAAGUACAAACCGUUAACACAGCCGAAAGCGUGCAUCAAAUGCGGUGAACGGAAGGUCAAGCGGGCAUACCAUGUCCUGUGCCGGGACUGUGCACUUGGUAGCAGGUGCUGCGCCAAAUGUCGCAAGUCCGCAGACGAAGCGAACAUCAUUCCACCGGAACCAACCCCGCAGGAACAGGUGAAACUGAAGGCGGAGAUGGACCAGCUCAUCAAGUUACUGCCGGAGCGGAAGCGAAGGACGUUUUUGCGCUUUAUGAACCGUGGGAAAAAGAAGAAGUCAAAGAACGUAGACUCGGAACAGGAGGGAUCGGACGAUGAUGAGACUGGUGCUGAUGGAAAGAAGAAAGCGAAUGCGCCCGUGCCACGCACGAGGGAAGAACUUAUGGAAAAGUACGAACAGCUGAAGCUGGCCGCUGGAAAGGAUGGCGAAAAAGAUGAUUUGGAUGAGUUUAGUAGUGGGGAUGAAGACUACGACGACUUCAGUGAUGAAGAUUUCUCCGAUGCAUCUGAUACGAAAUAAACCCAAGUGGAAUGUAUUCGCCUGUAACCAUUUAGAGUUCGUUCAAUUACGUUGACACAAAACGAAUAUAGAAUAUAAAUGUUGUUUUAUUUACAUAUACUGUAAUACGUAAAACAGUGAGUACAGGAUCAAACCAAUUUUGAA